UAGGAUUUGAUGGGCGGUUAGAAGCCAAAGUUAAAGGGGUUACUCUUGGCUGUCGGACACAGAAGUUUCAAAAGGGAUCACCUGGCUGGCGCCCAACACCUCGUUCCAAACAGCAGGACCUAUCAAGAUACAUCGGUCCAGCUUUCACGGCUUAUAAACUUACCAUAGAGCCAACAAAUCUUGGGUAAUACUGCAUUGUUGUAGGCAAGCAGCUUAUGGGUUUGGCAUCACCCUUUGUGCGGUUUCAGAAUACUACCAUUUGAGUUUGUUUGCUUGACUUCUAAAAUACAUUUGAGGAGUAAGCCUGGGAGGAGAUUUCAUCAGUGAUUUUAGGGUUGACAUGAAUUGCCCAACCAUCUUUCAAUCCAACGUUAAUGACCUCCAUUCAUGGUGUUCUUCAAAACACAGCUAAGGCGGGGGAGGAUUGUCUUUUUUCAAGGAAUAAAUUGGACUCAGGCCGAAAAUGGCCAGAGACGUGAGUCCUCUGAGCCUCAGGCCUCUGUCUCCAAGACACCAGAAAUGGCUUGGACCUUCUCUGGGGUGUAUCCUCCCCUUCUUCCCUCGACGUCUUCUAAUUGCCUACUACUUUCUGUCAUGUGCAGUAGCAGCAACAGGAAGUUUGCCUGGUAUAGAGUAUGACUAUGGGAUUAGCCCCAAAUUUGUCUGCACCCCAAUUCCCCCAGAAGCAGACCCCAGCUGUUACUCCCCACCCAGUGUUCCCCAUGGGCCAAGCAAUAACGGCAACACUAAUGGUCACAAUGGCAGCAGCCGGCGAGGCAUGAUGUCCGACGAGGCCAAAGCCACCAUCUUGCACCUGCGUGAGAGCUUAGUGAGGCAAAAGGAGACCAUCCUGGACCAGCGAGAGACCAUCAGGGAGCUGACCGCCAAGCUCACCUUGUGCGAGAGCUUUGGUGGUCACCAUGACACAGAUCACCAUGAAAACCGUCACGACAACCAUCACGAUACUCAUGACAACCACCAUGAUGAUCACCAUGGGCCUCACAGCACCCACCACACGCCUUCAUCAUCACACCAUGGGACGUAUCACCCUAGUGAUCACCACUACCCCCAUGGCAGAUCAGACCCGCACAGAUCAGACCCCCACAGCAGGAAGGGUACGUCGUAUGGAAAACACAGCUCCUUCUCCCCUGAACAGACGGGCAAGACACUGCAGACAUUGAAGGAAAGACUUGAAAGUUUGCAGGCCAGGAACUCCUCCAGCUCCUACUCCAGCUCCCUGAGAGAACUCCUCCAGCGGAAGAUCACCGCCCUGGAAGAGCAGCUGCACAGCUACUACAGGGAUCACCAUGACGAUCGCCAUGAUGACCACCACGACGACAAUCACGGCAGCAGCCACACCGAAGACCACCAUGAUGACCAUCAUGGUGUCACUGGUCACCAUGGAACUGGUCACAAUGACAACCACCACGAUGACAACCAAGGUCCUGGUCACCGUAAUGAUCACCACGAUGAACACCAUGGUACUGGUCACCGUGACGACCACCACAAUGACCACCGUGGGACUGGUCCUCGUGACGUACACCACAAUGAGAACCGUGGGACUGGUCCCCGUGAUAACCACCAUGAUGACCAUGAUGACCGUCAUGGUACCGGUCACUCUGACGGCCACCACGGCAGCCAUCCUUACAACCAACAUGGUAGCCACAGGAACAGUCCUCGCACUGGUCCCCAUUAUCGCCAUAACAACCACUACAACAGGCGAUCGAACACUCGGCAGCCUGGGAACUAUGGCUCCCAUCGCAGCACCCACCAUGGUGACCACCAUAAUGACCAAUAUAAUGAUCACCACAAUGAUCACCACGGACCUGGUUACCACGAUGAUUACCACGAUGAUUACCACGAUGAUCACUAUGACUAUCAUCGCGGGCCUGGUUACCACGAUGACCACCACGCGCCUGGUUACCACGAUGACCAUCAUGAGUAUCACCACGGACCUGGUUACCACCACGAUGAUCACCAUGAGGAUCUCCAUGAUAACCACCACGACAACAACCAUCACGACGACCAUUAUGAUACUGAUCAUAACCCUCCGCAGCUGCCCUCCAGCAGCAAAGAGACAACACCGCAGGGCCCAGGCCACAGCAAGCUGGAGGCAGUGCUCAACAAACUACACCAUGGCAACACUGAUCUUGGAAAUAGCAAAAAGCUAAAGAGCCCCAGCGCUUUCAUGCUCGACUUUCCCAUGAAGACAAACUACAUGUAUGCUAGGAUGAAGCGGGCGGUGGUCAAUGAAGUCUUCGCCAUGACCAUCUGCCUGUGGCUGAAGGCAGGAGAAGGGCCUGGCCUCGGCACUCCCUUCUCCUACGCUGUGCCUGGACAAGCCAACGAGCUUGUGCUCAUAAAAUGGGGCACCAACCCAAUGGAGUUGCUAAUCAACGACAAGGCAGUGACGUUGCCCAUAAGCAUGACGGAUGGGAAAUGGCAUCAUUUAUGCGUAACGUGGACGACACGUGAUGGUGUCUGGGAGGCCUACCAGGACGGGGUGAAGAAAGGCUCGGGGCAAAACCUAUCAGGCUGGCAACCCAUCAAAUCAGGAGGGACCUUCAUCCUGGGCCAGGAGCAGGUAAGACAUACGGACACGAUGGGAGGCCGCUUUGACGUCACUCAAUCCUUCAUGGGAGGGAUGUCUGAUCUCCAGUUCUGGUCCAGAGUUUUGAUGUCUAAUGAGAUUCACACCCAGGCGACCUGCGCAGGGCACCUUGUUGGUGAUGUGAUGUCCUGGUCCGAGGAAUCAGUGGAGCUUCACGGAGGGCUCGCCAAGCUCCCCUUUGAACCCUGCCAUUAACGAUUAUCACUGGACCCCAACACAGAGAGAUAGCAUCAUCAUCCUGACAUUUUCAGUUUCAUGCCCAUGCCACAUAUUUGAGUGGGAAAAUGUUGUUUUGUCAUGGAUCGAAGAUGGAGGAAUGAUUUUUCUCCUCGCUUGCAAGCUGAGCCUUGGGCAAGAGGCAGAGCAGGAUAUGUUAUUUUGCUUUUCCUAUAUAUUUUUGCCAUUCCUGUCCGAUCUUUCUGCCUUCUCCACCUACACCCUCUUUUCUUCGCUCUGAGGCUUCAACUAGACUACUUUGAAAGCUCCAAAGUGCGCAAGGCUUUGUGUGGUCAUGACUAUAGGUGCUCUGAAGGAUCCAGAACACAUAAUAGCAUUGCAUUCCAUCAGAACAGGUCCAAAGGUUUCUUGUGGCCAUUGGCUCACCCGCACUAGCUUGGUUUCUUUUUUGUGAGCAACACAGACUGUACAGGAGGUGAAAGAGUGGCUUAAGGGCACAGGAUACAAAUAAAGCCACACUGAGAGAUUAUUGUUGAUGAUUUAUACACGUUCCUCGAGUACUGACAUCCAAUAUCUGCUCAAUGAUUUGUGAAGAAAAAAGAGAAAUGCUGUUUCAGGACUUUUUUUACAAUCGUCAAACUAAGCUUCUGUACUAUUUUGAUAUUGCACGUUGAGAUGUUGGCGGAUUGUUUUUUAUUAGUAUUUCAUAUUGAAAACUUUAAAAAAAAAGUUUUUCAUUUGUUACGUGUGCUCCAUAACCGAAAGAUUGCAGUACUGAGUAUGAUGUUUUAAACUUUAAGAAAGAAAAAAGAUCACUAUGUCUGUAAGUGGAUCUAUGUCUCCGUUACAUAAGAGCACUGAGCUCGAUGUCAGACAUGACAUGGUGUGGCCAGGACUCACAUGACCGCACCAACUCAGUUUAAGAUGUCACCGCGGUAAUUCUGUUGUCCCCUUGGCUACCGGUGGAUUACAGCAGGAUUUACACGUGGACAACCUUUCUGAUCCUGCCUAUUUCCGACCAGCUCAUGGCAGCCACACACACACACGCACGCACGCACGCGCGCGCGCAAAAGCUCAGAAAAAAUAAAGAGGUGAAAGGAGACAUUACGGAUCUCUGUUUGUAGCUGCAACUUCAAAAGAGGUUUUUGUACAUGUCAAUUAUAUCAGAUAAUCUGUUUUUAAUUAUUAAAAUAAUUUAUUUUGGCAUUCCUCACAUUGUAAAUAAGUACAUAGCCCUUUCUUAAGGCAGUGUUAACCCUGUGGUUAUUUUAAGGCACAUUCUUGGGAGUUUAUGUGUUUAUCAUCCUAUUUUCUCUGAGUUAAACUCAGAGAGUAUGAGCUCUCUUUAUUGAUAGUAAAAAGGGGUAUCUGUUGUUGCCAUGGUAAUAGAAUCUCUCAGCAUCAGGUCCACAUCAUCGCACACAGCUGUACAUAUCUGCGAAAUGUUUUCUUCCACUGUAAUGCCAAGACGAGCAGCACUUUAAAACCUUGCUCCUGUUUUUGUUCUACAGACUUCAGUUUAUACACCUCCUGCUUCAACUGUGUAGUUUGCAAGCUCCUUUUUAACAAAUGACAUUUACAAAUAAGAUAUACAACUUUAUGCAUGAAGACUUGCUGAUUGUCGCCUUUGGUGUAAACUUGAAUGUCAAUUAGGUUUCUUUUUUUGUUAUGUUUAUUUUUGUGUCUUUGGCUGUAAAUAUUCAAAGUAUUACAGUGUGUUCAGUCAACACUCCCUCCCUCAUGUUUAAGCCAAAACUAUAAACUUAAUUGUAAAACUUGAAAGAAUAAAUAAUAUACGCUGUAAAUAAUGUCAAAUACUUGUAAACAUUUCAGGAUUUUGAAUAAAAUAUUUCAAAAAUUGGAAA